UGGCAAACUGGCAUUCUCAAAAAAACAAAAAAACUACACAAACUGGCGCCCGGUUCGUCAUCGUCGCCGACUUCUGUUUCCUCGUUCCUCCCAGGCCCAGCGUCUGAAACCCCAAAACCCUAAACCCAUGGCGCCGCUGGCCCCCUCCGCCGGCGCUCGCCUCCUCCGCCGCCUCCUCACCACAGCCGCUGAGGUAGCGCCGGAGGCGGCACCCCCGGUCACGAAGAACGCGAGGAAGGCGGCGCACCCCAUCGGGAAGAAGGUCCCGUCAGAUACAGCGCAACCCGUCCCGAAGGUAGCGUCGGAGGCGGCGCACCCCGUCGCGGUUGAUGCGAAUAAGGCGGUGACGAAGGACUCGCGUCCUCUGUACCGGCGGCUGUCGGCGCUGGGGAACGCGGGGGAGGGGAGCGUGUCGCGGGUGCUGAACAAGUGGGUGCGGGAGGGAAGGGAGGCGCGCUCCGUGGACCUCGAGAGGUAUGUCAAGGAGCUCCGCAAGUACAAGCGCCAUGCCCAGGCCCUCGAGUUAAUGGAUUGGAUGGUUCAUACAAAGGGUAUGAACAUGUCGUACACCAACCAUGCAAUACGUUUGGAUCUCGUUUACAAAGUGCGUGGCAUCGAAGCAGCUGAAAAAUAUUUUAAUGGUCUUCCUGAUCCAGCCAAGAACCAUCGAACCUAUGGGGCACUUCUGAAUUGUUAUUGCUCAUCGAAAAAGGAAGAGAAGGCAACAGAUCUCUUCCACAAGAUGGAUGAUCUUGGCAUCGCAUCCAGUACUCUGCCCUUCAACAAUCUGAUGUCCCUUUACAUGAAGUUAGGCCAGCAUAAGAAGGUUGCUGGCCUGUUUGAGGAGAUGAAGGCGAAGAAUGUUAAACCGGAUAACCUUACAUGCUGUGUUCUCAUGACCAGCUAUGCAGCAUUGAACAAGAUAGAUGCUGUUGAAGAAGUUUUAAAAGAAAUGGAAGAAAAAAAUGCAGCUCUUGGGUGGUCUGCAUAUAGCACACUCGCUUCCAUCUAUGUGAGUGCUGGUUUGGUUGAGAAAGCAGAAUCUGCUCUGAAGAAACUCGAGGGCCUUGUUCAACCUCGUGAUGGCAGACAGCCCUUUGAUUUUCUUAUGAGCCUAUAUGCUUCAGUAGGCAAUUUGAGUGAGGUCAACAGAGUAUGGGAUGUCGUUAAGGCCACUUUCCCAAAGGUGACUAACACAAGCUACUUCAGCAUGCUUCAAGCUCUGUAUAAGCUCAAUGACGCUGAUCGCAUAAAGCAGAUUUUUGAGGAAUGGGAAUCUAAUCAUGAAUGCUAUGAUGUGAAGCUGACAAAUAUUAUGACCCGAGCUCACCUGAAGAAUGGCCUGACCAAAGAAGCCGAGCUAUUGUGGGAGAAGGCCAAGGCAAAGGGUGCUGAUUUUGACUCUAAAACAUGUGAAUUGUUUCUCGAUCAUUACAUGGGGACGGAGGAUAUGAAAUCAGCACUGCACUGGGUCGAGAAUGUAACAAAACUCCCCAAGAAAGCAGGAAAGCUAGAUCAGGAGAAGAUCCAGAAGUUCUCCAAGUACUUUGAAGAACAGAAGGAUGUGCAAGGUGCCGAGAAGCUAUGCAGCUGCUUGAGAACGCUAGGGUGCAUUGACGGCAAAGUGUACGAGUCCCUCCUGCGGACAUAUCUGGCAGCUGGUGAGACGAACCAUUCGCUCCGUCAACAGAUCAAAGACGAUAAGAUUGAGAUAUGCUACGACAUCGGGAAGUUACUCAAGAGGAUGGUUGACAAGGGACGAUGAAGGACAUGUUUUUCCCCUAGUUUACAUCAGUGAUUUCUUCUGAUUCCUUCCAUGAACAGCAGAACUUAGAUGUGAUAAGAUCGAACUGUUGUCGGCCCGUAUUCUUGGUCAUGGUUGAGCUGAUGUUUCCAUCCAUCCAGCUUUGCUGUUUUGCUUUCUGAAGAAGCAGAACCUGGCCGCGAGGAGAUUUUUACUAGCGCAACGUGUAGUCUUGUCUUGAGGAGGCUUUCCCCUACACUUAUAUAAUUUUUGCUUUUUUUCUGUAUGUAAUGGCUGUUUCGGACUUCCAGUACUGGUCGUUAGCAAGAAUCCUACUACAGUAUCGUUUCUCUUUC